GGCUGGGCGUGGCUUAUGCAAAUAUGGCCUCGCCCCCCGUGUGGCCACCCUAGGCGACCGGGCGCGGGAGCCCUGCGGCCGCGCGCGCGUGCGCACUCCGGCGGGAGGCCUUCCCGGUGGCUCAGGCAUGGCCGGCGUGGGCCGGGCGGCGAGCGUGCUGGGGCUGCUGCUGGUGUCCGCGCUGUUGGGAGUCCUCGGAGAGCGUCCUGUCCCCGACCUGGGGGCACACCCAGAACGCCGCUCCCAGGGCCGUCCCGGGGCCGCCGAGCCUCGGCCGCCGCCCCGGGACCAGCGCGAGCGGGCCGGGCCUGGAUCGCUGCCUGUGGGUGCGCUGUACACCGCGGCCGUCGUGGCUUUCGUGCUGUACAAGUGUUUGCAGGUGCGCUGUGGCUGUGGGCUGGGGGAGCCCUGUGCCUCCGUCUCCUGGGGUCCUACGGUGCCGAGAACAAGACACCCCUUCCCGGCUACCCGGCCCAGAUGAGGCGGCCACUCUCCAAGAGGAAAAAAACAAGAAGAAAUCCUUGCAGUCAGCUGGUACAGCUGACACAGCAGCUGGCCCAGACGGAACAGCACCUGAACAAUCUGAUGACCCAGCUGGAUCCCCUUUUUGAGCGAGUGACCACGCUGGUUGGAGCCCAGCGGGAACUCCUAAACACGAAGCUAAAGACCAUCCACCAGCUUCUACAAGACUGCAAGCCUGGCCCAGGGGUGGAACUUCCAGAACCAGAGGCCAGCGUACCCUCUCCUGAGGACCAAGAAGCUGGAAACAGUCAGGCUUGGGAGGAGCCCAUAAACUGGAGCCCAGAGACCUGGAACCUAGCUCCCUCGUGGGAGGUGGAGCAGGGGCUGCGGAGAAGGUGGCACAAGGCUGUGGCAAAGGCCCAGCAGCAAGGGGAACAGCACUGAAGGUUUAGUAAAACAAAGCUUGUACUGGG